AUGGAUCAGGCAGAAUUCCUCACUGCUCUGAAAGAAUCCCCUGCUACUAGAGCUAGUGAUCCUAUCAAUGCCCUGCUUGAUGCAUGGACUGGAAAGAUGACCAAGGAAGUUGAAAUGAUUGCUCCUAACACUCCUCCGUGUUGUGCAGGUUCCAUUUCUGAAGACCUUAUAGCAAUUAAGUCCUUUGUGCAUUUCCUUCAAGGCUUCCUUGUGGAUGGGCAGACCUUGUGCAAAAGAUAUGUGACUUCAGAAUGGCAGAUGCAGCCAACGGUGCACGUUGUAAAAUGGUCCCUGACCCAGAACAUCUGUUCCAACUUUUACACAGACUGCUGGAAUAUAGAUUCAGAACGUGCAAGGAAUGAUGGAGAGCACACAGCUUUAAAUAAUCCCCAGAUUUGUCCUUUGCAACUUCAGCUAGGAGAUACAGUCUUCAUUUCUUCUGAGCCAUCUUUUCAGUCACAUGGAAUGAAUCUGGCAAAUGUUUCCUUGGAAGAAUUUCUUAGGUGCCCUCAGCAAAAAGACAUCCUUCCAAAGCAGCUACUUUUUGACUGCAGGUUGAGCGGGAUGCACCAGAUUGACCCUCGGUGGCUUGCAGCUGGAACACAUUACUUUGCAGAAAUCCCAGACCGGGGACCAUUUUUAUGUCAUUUAGGACUCAGACUGAAUAUAACGGUGAAACCACACCUUUGUCAGCAAUCUGCAAGUGCACCUUUUUGCUCUGGACAUGGCAGAUGUGUAAGUCAUCUCUGGGAUGCGACAUACACUUGCCACUGCAACCAGCCCUAUUCAGGGCACUUCUGCCAGGAAUUUGACAUGUGCUCCACUAAACCCUGUGACAAUAAUGCUUCCUGCAUUGACAAAAGGGAAAAAGGGGAAACUGCUGGUGAUUCCUAUGAAUGCAUAUGCUCCCCAUUGUUUUCAGGCAAGAACUGUUCAGAAAUAAUUGGACAGUGCCAGCCACGUAGUUGUAUCAAAGGCAACUGCAGUAGUGUCUCUCCGCAUACUUAUAGAUGCCUGUGUGAUAAAGAUACUGCAGGUAAGAAAUGCAUGUUUUGUCCCACACACAAAAAGAUAUGA